AUGGCGGGUCCGUGGUUGUCCGCGAUCAGGACGUGGAGUACAGUCUGUUCGGGCGUGUCUGCGUCUGAAACCCUGCGGUUCCAUCACUGCAAGCGCCUGUCCUCCACCGCGGCGCAUUUAGCACGGAUGCCCUGGAGGGGGACGCCCGGGAACGAGGUGCAGCCAUCAUUACUGCCGCAGCAAACAUUGAUUACCUCACAAAAGAUUUCUGUUUUCCACCGGCAUAAACCAAAAUUCCUACAUCCAACGGUUCAGUGUUGUAGACCAAUACACAGUGAUGCAAAGCCUAAAGACCCGUUCUCCUUGGCACAGGGCGACUUGACAACUUUGUACGAUGACAUUAAAAAGGAGCUGUUUGUCGGCACAGAACUCAAGUCUCUCUGCGAUUACUACUUUGAUGGCAAAGGGAAAGCCAUCCGACCAAUGAUUGUUGUCCUUAUGGCUCGUGCAAUGAAUAUACACAACAACAGAGACGGCGACCUGAUUCCCGGACAAAGAGCCAUCGCCAUGAUCUCGGAGAUGAUCCACACGGCCAGCCUGGUGCACGACGACGUCAUCGAUGGGUCGGACCAGCGCCGGGGCAAACGGACCAUCAACGAAGUGUGGGGGGAGAGAAAGGCGAUCUUAGCCGGAGAUUUCAUCCUUUCAGUCGCCUCGAUGGCUCUGGCUCGGAUCGGGAACAUCUCAGUGGUGAAAGUGCUGUCUCAGGUCAUAGAGGAUCUAGUACGAGGUGAGUUCAUGCAGUUGGGCUCGAAGGAAAACGAGAACGAGCGAUUCAAGCACUACCUGGAGAAGACCUUCAAGAAGACGGCCAGCCUCAUCGCCAACAGUUGCAAAGCAGUGUCAAUCCUCGUUAGUCCUGAUCCAGAAGUCCAUGAAAUUGCUUUCCAGUACGGACGAAAUGUUGGAAUAGCUUUUCAGCUGGUUGACGAUGUCUUGGAUUUUACGGCAGAGGUCAGUCAGUUGGGGAAGCCCACAACGGCAGACCUCAAACUGGGCCUGGCCACUGGACCGGUUCUGUUCGCAUGUCAACAGUUUCCUGAGCUCCAUGCGAUGAUCAUGAGGCGUUUCAGCUCCAAAGGAGACGUAGAUCAGGCUUGGCAGUACGUUCUUCAGAGCGACGGCGUGCAGCAGACCCGGUUCUUGGCCCAGCGCUACUGUCAGGAGGCCAUCAGACAGGUCAGCCUGCUGCGGCCCUCACCGGAGAGGGACGCCCUGAUCCGACUCACAGAGAUGGUGCUCUCCAGAGACAAAUGA